ACUCUGAUUCACUGGUCGAACGUCAGACGUCACUUUUGCGUGACACGCAGUGAGUCUGGCGAAAUACUGGUUCUUUCGUGAAAAAAGCUGUGAAGUUGCCUUCUGCUACCUGCGAAAUAAUGCUUUAUCGUUGAAACAAUGACGAUGUCUCGAGCACGCUUGGUGCUGUCCUGCAAGUGGAGUUUUCUCGUUGUCGCUUUACUACUGUGCAACGUAUCGCGACAUACAUCGCACUGCGAAGAGGUAGCUAACCUCAAAAGCGACAAUGUCACCGACAACAAGACCACGUCCACGCUGACGGAUAGCCCGAGAGCUUUGGCCGCCACGUCGCUCCCGGAAUUGUUCAGCACAGUGCGAGCCGCGAACAAUAGCCCGAGCAACACCUCGAGCAAUACCGGCAAUCACAACGUCAGCUCCUCGACUCCGAAGCCACCGACCACAGUUGCGAGCACAGCGCAUUCUAAGAACGUCGUGAACGACCAUACGACCGAGAAGACCGGGACGUCGUCGAGUCCUGCGAGCGACAAGAACGUGACCGCCGCAUCGGACAUCCCCGUGUCGUCGCAAGCUCCAGAUGCCGCGAAUACAACGAACACGAGCACCACCACCGUCGCCCCGGCGGAGCCGGUUCUGCCCGACAAAGGCUCCGCGGAGGAGGAGCACAACAGCUCGAUGUCCAUAUUUUUCGUGUUGUGCGUGCUGGCUCUCGGGAUACUGCUCAUACACAUGAUGCUGCAUAUGAAUUUCCAAUACCUGCCUGAGUCAGUGGUGAUAGUCGUGCUGGGCGCUCUGAUCGGCAUGAUCAUCAAUCUUAUGUCGCACCAGAACAUCGCCAACUGGCGUAAAGAGGAGGCCUUCUCGCCGACCGCGUUCUUCCUCGUCCUCCUGCCGCCCAUCAUAUUCGAGUCGGGAUAUAACCUGCACAAGGGGAACUUCUUUCAGAACAUCGGCAGUAUCAUGGUGUUCGCCAUUUUCGGCACGGCCAUCUCCGCUUUCGUCAUCGGCGCCGGGAUUUACCUGCUCGGCUUGGCGCAGGUCGCCUAUAAGCUUAGCUUCGUCGAGAGCUUCGCGUUUGGAUCGCUGAUUUCCGCGGUCGAUCCCGUCGCCACGGUCGCGAUUUUUCACGCGUUGGAUGUUGACCCGGUCCUGAACAUGUUGGUCUUCGGGGAAUCCAUCCUGAAUGACGCCAUCUCCAUCGUAUUGACCACUUCUGUUUUGGAGUCAAAUAACGCCACCACUACCAGUGAGGCUAUCAUACUUGGCUUGAAUCGAUUUUGUCUCAUGUUCUUUGCGUCAGCAGGAAUCGGCGUGGUCUUCGCUCUGAUAAGCGCGCUUCUCCUGAAGCAUGUGGAUCUCAGGAAAAAUCCAUCUCUGGAGUUUGGCAUCAUGUUGGUGUUCACAUACGCCCCGUAUGUUUUGGCAGAAGGCAUACAGCUCUCAGGAAUUAUGGCAAUCUUGUUCAAUGGAAUAGUCAUGUCACACUACACGCAUUUCAACUUGUCAACUGUUACGCAGAUUACAAUGCAGCAAACAAUGCGAACGUUAGCCUUUAUAGCUGAGACCUGUGUAUUCGCGUACUUGGGAUUGGCAAUAUUUAGCUUUAGACACAGGGUCGAACCAGCCUUGGUCGUUUGGUCUCUAAUCUUGUGUCUAAUUGGAAGAGCCGCAAAUAUCUUUCCGCUGGCGUUGCUCGUUAAUCGCUUUCGCGAGCACCAAAUCACGAGGAAAAUGAUGUUUAUCAUGUGGUUCAGCGGUUUGCGCGGCGCCAUAUCAUACGCGUUAUCGCUCCACUUAAACUUCAGUGAUGAGACGCGUCACGUUAUUAUAACGACGACGCUUAUCAUCGUAUUAUUUACGACCUUGAUAUUUGGCGGCUCUACUAUGCCCCUAUUAAAAUUCCUGAGAGCCGAAAAGAAGCAGAAGAGCAGCAGAAGAAAGAAGAAAGAUAAGGAAGUCUCAUUGAGUAAAACUAGAGAAUGGGGACAAACUAUAGAUUCUGAACAUUUAUCAGAACUGACGGAGGAAGAGAUGGAAGUGUCCUUCUUGCAAUCGCGGAUUCGCGGUUUUGCUAGGUGGGAUUUGAAGUUCUUCAUUCCGUUCUUCACGAGGCGUUUUACGCAGCAGGAGCUGAAGGAUUGCAAGUCACAAAUGACAGAUCUGACGAAUCAGUGGUACCAAGCGAUCAGAAUUAGCCCGAUGGAUUCCGACGACGAAGCGACCACGGCGUCCACCGCGCAGUUAAAUCUCAAUGUUUGCGGAACAGCUAGGGAACAAGCGAACGGGAAGGAGAAGACCGGUCGUCCUAGUCAUGGAACCGAGGAGGAUUCGUCUGACUAAAAGACCAACUUGUUCCCGUUAAUAUUACGGAUGAUGUUUACUGUGUCAUUAAUGUAAUUCGUAUGAUUCUACUUUAACUACACAGUAUAUAUUUGUUGAGUGGACGGAGAUUAUUUAUAUAAUCCGAUAUUUUCAUUGGUAUAAGACGUGUGUACAGGUAGACAAAUUUCUACUUAAUCUUGUUAUUCACCGUAGUAAUUGCCAUGAUUUUAGGAUCUUUUUCGAUGGCUGUAUGCUAUCGAGCUACCGGAAAUAAUACAAAAUAUUAAGUAUCGCUAUGGCAAUCAUCACGAUGAAAUACUUUGUAUAUUAGAAGUUAUUUUUCAUCAUAUAUGAAAUGGUGAUAUUAAGUGCAAACAACGAAAUUUGUUACGGCAAUGUACCGAUAAUAUCGCACAACGUUGUAUUGAAUUUAGUGUAUUUCGCGAUUAUGUAGUAUAAUAAUUAUUAUUUAUAUAGUUAUAUUUAUAUAUAUUAAGUGAUAAAGGGUUUGGACGAGACUUGACGAGUUACCAGUAGUAUUUAGCAAAUUGAUCGGAAUAAUUUAUAGCAUUUUAAUUUGUUUGCGACGUAGAUAAUAGAUUCUCUGACGCGUUUGAUUUCUGAACUUAUCGUUCACUUCUCUUAUACAAGAUUGUUUAACUGCAUUCGUGUUACAAAAAGAAUUGCAUUUUCAGAUUAUAAUGCUACUAGAACGAUAUAAAAUAAAUCGUAUAAUCAUUUUAUAGUUUUAUCAUCGAUACAUUUUGAUUUGUGUAUAAAUUACUUUAAAAAAUAACAAAUUAGGUCAAUCGAAUGAACAAUCAGCAAAAUGUAACAGACAUUAAAAUGAUUUGAUUUUUAGCUGUUAAUUACUCGCGGCGAUAUUGCUGCGAAAAAGAAACAUCUCAUUUAUUGUCGGACUCGCGUAAGCAUAUGUUUCCAUAUCAUAUCACUCUCAGGAGGAUGUGCGACCGUAUUAUCUCGUUUCCUUGGGACCGAGCGUGUUUAACCCAUCGUAUAAUUUUCAUAUUUAGACACAUAUUAGCCAGUGAAAAUUCUAUACGAAUACUGUGUGACCACUGUAACGAUUCAAAUCGAGCGGUGUAUGUAAUAAGUAUUGGCAUUCGGCAGGCAAUAUACAAUUGUACGACGAAUAUAUACAUAUAAUAUCACUUUUCGUUCAAUAUCUCAAAGAUAUCUAAAAGAAACAUAGUAUACUGUACGUUGCACUUUACGAUCGCAGCUCGGUAAUCAUGCAGGGACAAUAAAGGUGAUAUAUAAUUUGUGAUAUACAGAAAAUAUAUAUAUACAAAAAGCACAA